UUACCAUGCUGCCUUUCCUGAAAUUGUGUUUGUGUGUCGGACGCUCGCUGUCGGCUGUCUUUAUAAGGACCAACUACUACUAAAGAGACCGACGGCCCUAAACGCACACAUGUGCGGUGCCUCAUGGCACGGCUGAGUUUGCCCGUCUGAUACCUUUUAGGCUCUCUGUUGGACCUCUGCUGUGGAUUUGAUGGUGCGUGGGCUUACAGCUGCUAGUGGAGUAUGGGUACGACUGCCAGCGCUGCUCCCCAGCCCAUGCUGCAUGACGUAUUCCACGGCAACGGGAGGAUGGACAGCAGGCGGUCGCAAAGCAGCGCCUCUUUUCUGACGCUCAACAUCCACAAUAACAAAGCCAAAUCCAUCAUCACUAAUAAAGUGGCACCGGUGGUCAUCACGUACAACUGCAGACAGGAGUUUCAGAUCCACGAUGAUGUUCUCCGAUCGAAUUAUAAAGUUGGGCGGAUCUCAGACAACAUGCCCGAGCACCAUCUGGUCCAGGGUUCCUUCUUCAUGGUACAGGAUGUGUUCAGCAAAGUGGAUGUCCUCAACACCAGCAGCUCGUGUGGGGCACCCAACUUUAGACAGAGCAAAGGCAGCUACCCUCUGUACGGCAUGGGCCAGCCCAGUGUGAAUGGUUUCAAACAGGUCCUCCAGAGACUGCAGGGCCAAGGUCAUCAGGAGGUGAUUUUCUUCUGUUUACGUGAGGAGCCUGUGGUAUUUCUGCGUUUGGAGGGUGACUUUGUUCCGUACACUCCCAGGAGGAAGGAAAACCUUCAUGAGAACCUGCAUGGACUGGGACGAGAUGUUAACGCUGAGAAUCUGGAACUCGCCAUCAGAAAAGAGCUUCACGACUUUGCCAAACUGAAUGACGACGUGUUAUAUGUGUAUAACGACAUCGAGCACUUCAAAGGAGAACCACAGAAAAUCUCCAUUUCCUGUGAAGAAGACGUUCAUGUUACAGAGGAGGUGUAUAAAAGAGCGCGGUUUACGAUGCCCACAUACAGGUAUUACCGUCUGCCACUGCCGAUGGAGGGCGCCCCGCUGGAGGACGCGUUUGAUGCGUUUGUCAACAUUCUCAGGGAGAAUCCUUCUCUCUCUUUGAGUCGUGAUGCAACUCAUCCUCUGCCAGCGCUUUUGUUCAGUUGUCAGGUGGGCGUCGGUCGCACUAAUCUGGGUCUGAUCCUGGGCUCAUUAGUGAUGAUUCACCUCACACGGGCGACACAAGAGACAGCACCACCAGUUGUAACAGAAGAGGAUGUAAAGGCUAAACCUAAAAUGCAGUUCCAGGUGAUCCAGACACUCGUCAGCAAACUGCCUAAAGGUCAAGAGGUCAUGGAAGAGGUGGAUCGGGCUGUAGAUCUGUGUUCUGAAAUGCACGACAUCAGAGAGGCCAUUUAUGAGAACAAACACAAGCUGGAGGCAAUCGGUGAAGAUUAUCAGAUCCAGGGCAGCAGUACUAAAGACUACUUCCUCCACAGAACUCUACAGAGUCUGGAGAGAUAUUUCUACCUGAUUGUCUUCAACGCUUACCUGCAUGAACAGUAUCCGUUGGCAUUUGCGUGUAGUUUCAGCCAAUGGCUGUGCUCUCACGCCUGGAUGUACCGCCUCCUCUCCUGCAUGAACCAAUCAGAGCUCAGAGCACCAGCUGACCUGGUCACGAAAGGAGCUCGAGUUCUGGUUGCGGGUGAAUAUUUAGCCCCUGAUGUUUUGAGCACGAUUAAAGAGAUGAAAGUGGCGAAUUACAGACGAGUGCCCAAGAUGUCCGUCUACGGGAUGGCACAGCCCUCGUCUGAGGCGACGGCAGCGGUGCUGGCGUAUCUCACGGAUGAGAAGAGGAAGCACGGCAGCGUUAUGUGGGUUAAUUUACAGAAUCAGUUGGUUCUGGAGGCAAACGGUCAGAUCUUCUGUACGAGAGAGCCCACCUGUGUGGACGAGCAGAUAUCCGUGUUGCCCUCACACCCGCAGGAGAUUGAGAGAUUGGAAGCAACUCUGAAAGAGGAUCUUCUGGCCAGUCAGAAAUGGCUUGAAGUCACUCUUGAACAGGAGAAACAGAUGAAGAUGGUGAAGAGUUGUGUGACUGUACAAGAGAUCUUCAACCAACACAAGAGUUCAAACCACACGCUGCAGUACACACGUAUACCUCUGCCAGACUGCUCUGCUCCUGAUGAAGUGGGUUUCGACAGGUUGUUGGAGGCGAUGAAGGCUCGUCUCGCCGACGACUCUCUCUCUGCGUUUGUGUUCAACUGUUCCAACGGUAAAGACCGUACGACGACGGCGAUGGUGAUCGCAACCCUCACACUCUGGCAUUUCAAUGGUUUUCCAGAGAUCAGUGAAGAUGAAAUCGUCAGCGUUCCUGAUGCCAAAUACACAAAGGGCGAAUUUGAGGUGGUGAUGAAGUUGGUGAGGUUGCUCCCUGACGGUCACAGGAUGAAGAGGGAGGUGGACGUGGCAUUGGACUGUGUCAGUGAGACGAUGACGCCGCUGCACUACCACCUGAGAGAAAUCAUCAUCUGCACGUACAGACAGAUUAAGAGCUGUAAAUGUGAUGUGGAGACUGAGGCUUUGAGACUGAAGAGUUUGCUGUAUCUGGAGCGUUACAUCUACCUGAUCCUCUUCAACACUUACCUGCACCUGGAGAAGAAAGACUCGUGGCAGCGCUCGUUCGCUGACUGGAUGCUUCAGGUGGCAGCUCCAGCUGGAGUUUAUGACCUGUUGAAUCGGCUCGGAUUCUCUGAGUUUGAGGACCUGAGAGACUCAACUCUCUCUCGUCUACGUCAUCGCUGGAUCCAGCAGAACCGCCACGGUCUUCCGUUCCGAGGAGAAUUCAUCUGAGAGAAACACCAGCGCCCGAACUGUUUAUAUACUCGUUUACGUCCUCUGUUUCCAUUACUAUUGGAAGUCAUUUUAUCGUUUGCAUUCACAGGAAAUCUGCGUCUGGUUUCACUUUCACCAUCUCAAAAGACUUUGAUAUAGUUUAAUCGGAAUGAAACACCACUGUGAGGAACUUUUUAUAUAUAGGUUACAUAUUUUAGUUAGCUGAUGUUUGCAUGAACAUUCAUGAGAUAUCACACCUGUGGACUUGUUAUGCAAGAUUGUUUUUCCAUGUUGUUUAUUAAUGCCUUUUGUAGUUUCCAACUUGUCCCCAUAUUUCUCUCCAUGCUGAUGUCUUCUCAUCGAUUAUUUACCUAUUUUAAUUUUUCCUGGACUUAUGUCAAGUAGCUUAGUUGAUUAUUUGAUGUGCCUUUUCUUGUCAUGACUUUUAUUAUUCAUUGUGUUCUUUAUUAACAUUUGAAGAGAGGCUGUGGAAACUGGUGUUUGUUUUUAUAAAUGUACAGUUUUCAAAAUGAAGACUUCGGCAGUCUCCAUUAAAAACAACUUU